UAAAACUCAACCGACAAAUUAGAAAGAACGAAUUUUGUUGAACUUAAAUAAUUUUUUUAUAUGUUAAUAAUAUGGCUGAAUUUAAAACGCCAACAAUAAAAAAGUAUAAGACUAGAAUAGAAGAUAAUCCAGAAUUGCAAACACCUAUUAAAAUACCAGCCUCACCGUUUUUACAACAAAUAGGUUAUGGAUGUGGAGUUACUGUAUUUAGUUUGGAACGAUCACCAAAAGUCGGUUUUAUUCGUUCACCAUGGGCGAUAAAAAAACGUAACUCCAAAAUUAUAGAAGAUAAAAAAUAUAAUGAACGUAUUCAGUUUGAAGCGGAAAUACUUCGUAAAUUAAAUCAUCCAAAUAUUAUUGGUUUUCGAGCUUUUAGUAAACUUCCAAAUGGUGAACCAUGUUUGGCAAUGGAAAAAUUGGAUGCUUCUUUAGGUGACAGAAUAGAACAAAAACUUGAUAUUGAUGAUGAUCCAUUUCCUGCUAAUGAUAUUUUGAAAAUAAUGUAUGAAAUUGCAAAAGGAUUAGAAUAUUUGCAUCAUAUUGCUUAUAUUUUGCAUGGUGAUAUAAAAAGUUAUAAUGUAUUAAUCUCUUCAGAUUAUAAAAUAGUUAAACUAUGUGAUUUUGGAGUAUCUUUACCACUCACAAAAACUUUAGAAGUAGAUACUUCAAAUGGAAAUUUCAACUAUGUAGGAACUGAAUGUUGGAGUGCUCCAGAAAUAAUAUUUGAAGAUGGUCCUGUUACAAAUAAAGCAGACAUUUGGGCAUAUGGUCUUGUAGUUUGGGAAAUGAUAGCUUUGUCAGCACCUCACAUAGAAUCCUCAGAAAUGGAUGAUUCUUAUCUAGAUGAUUCAAUGUUGGAAAUGAAAAUGAAAAACAAUAUAACAAAUGAAUAUGAUACCAAUAUGGAUGAUAGCAAUAGUUUUCUUAAUAAAAUAGUCAAUACAAAAUAUGGUACUCGUCCUUCAUUACCUGCUAUUAAUCUAGGAAAAGAAUAUGAAAAAGUACUUGAAGUAUUUUUUGCAUGUACUACUACAGAUUAUAAAGUUAGGCCUAGUGCAAAAGGUCUUGUUAAUUACUUUGAAAAUUAUGUAUUUAAUAGUAAAAAAAAAAAAUCCGAAGAUAAUAGUUUGAAAAAAAUCAUCACAAUAUUCUCAAAUAUAUAAUAUC